GAGUCUCACGGCCUUGGUAGAGCCAGCGUUGGCGUGUCCAGUCGCCUCAUUCAUUAUAGCGGGUCUCCCUCGUCUUCCUCGUCUGCUUGCUGCUUCUGGAGCCUCCUGGGAUUCAAUACCAAGACAGAAGAACGAACUCAAGCAAAGCUUCAGUUGCAGUAGUAGUACUCUCGUAGCCAUCAUCUUCUCAAUCCCAACGCCAUCGUGUGGAGACUCCUCCCCCUCCCUCCCUCCGUUCUUCUUCUAAUUCUUCUUCCUCUCCUCUUCCUCCUGGAGCUAUACAAUUGCGCUUCUGUCGCCAACGGGAUCAUUGCUUGCUCAGGGCGGAGGAGCAUCCGAACAUCGGAUUCUUUGUUUUGCGAGGUUUUGCUGGAGUCUUUUAAGGGAGUGGUGGUAUUGGUAGAAGCGGGAGACUGAGACGAGGUGGAGUGCGCACGGAGCGUAAUUUCUGUAGGCGUGUGUAGGGAGUCUGGACGGACAAUCUUGACAAGCUGCAUUUCGAACCCAGUCUAAUUUGAACCACCUUGGAAUGGGAUCUUUGGUACAGUGGUCGCCUGCAAUAUGUCGAUGUUCUCAAUGUCUACAGUUUACGGAAUGCUUGAUGUUGAAGUCUAAGUUUGCGGUCACUUUGGGAGUUGGUCGCUACUUCAACAGAGUGCUUUCAAAGUGACCCAGCGAACGUCUACCAUAGCGUCUUUGAUUCAGCACUACAAUGCUGUAUGUUGUUUUAGGAUUUGGAAAAGGAUCGACAGGAACAAUAAGUGGAGAACUGAUCGGACUUGAAGAUCAUCAAUCAAUCUUGGUCGCUAAUCCAUCAGUUGAGGCUUCUAGAUGCCCCAACGCCUUAGGGAUCGGGAAUUCCUCUUACAUUUUGUUCCCUCGUUUCUGGAAUCUCAUGUUGAAUCCCAGUGUUAUUGCAUAUGGUCAACAUCCUGGUCAGGAUUAGCGGACUUAGUUGCGCUUCAAUGUUUAAUAGGCAUCGGAAGUGGCUGAAGAAGGACGCUCAUGUUUGGUAUUUCAAACUACUGUCCUCCGACAUGCAAACUGCAUCACUGUUUGCAGGUGAAGGAACGGUUGCUUGGGGAUAUUUUGGUGAAUUUAACUGUAGAGAAUUGAACUGGGAUGAUCUGGUCUUCAAGGGACAAGGAGGCCUACGAUCAACGCUUAAAGCUAGCGAAGCGGUGGAUCUAUCAGCAUUAGAUAUCUCAACCUUGAGAAGUAAUACACUGGUGAUAGUGAUGGCAUGGGACCGACACCAAUGACAUAGCUGUCAAGCCGAAAUUCUUGGAAGUUAAUUCUGUUAACUUAUUCAACAGCUAUGCCUUGGUGGCCGUCGCAUGUUUUGAUCGUAGGGUUAUGUCUUCUCAGCUUCUUCGUUUGGCCUCUGGAUGGGUGCGAUGGACGGCAGCCAUCACUUUCAGUUGGUUUUGCUCCUCUGAUACCUGGAAGGCGGCUGCUUUCCAAUCUGGUUAAUCCUGUCUCAACUCCUCUAGAAUCGCUGGUACCGACACCAAUACACGUCACUUACACAACCCCUCCUGCAUCCUCCGACACUGUUCCAGGAACACAUGUGGCUAGCUACACUGCUCAAGCUGUCUCACCUUCGCCAGUACCUUUGACUCUUGUUCCUGGUCCUGCUUCGUCCCCGCUGAAUCUACCUCCUAGUCCCACUGUUCGACCGCCAGCUUUAGUUCCAGCAUCAGCACCGCCAAGUUUCCAGGAUGGACCGGGACCUGUACUGCCGCCAAUUAAUGCUACUGCUCCUUCUCCUACUCCUUCCGGUUGCUGUGCUGUCAAUAUGAUCGCUAGACCCGGAUCAAAGGCUUCUGAUUGCGAGUGUGUCUACCCUAUUAAGGUUGUUUUUGAGAUGGAGAAUGCCUCUAGUGCUUUCACGAACUUGACAUCCCAAUUUCAACACGAGUUAGCAUCUCAACUUGAACUCAUAGACAUACAAGUGCAGAUUCAAGCAUUCCAGUUUGGUAGCAAUUUUUCUCUCAACAUGGUCGUCAAUAUUGGGCCUCUUAUAGGUUUAGCCUUCACACUUGACAAGAUUGACAGUAUCAACAAGACUCUCAGCUCCCAUUCGGUGAAGUUCAGCAGUAUUCUGUUCAGCAAUUACACCGUCGUGAGUGUCACAGCGUUUCUGCCUCCUCCUCCGCCAAUUGGUAGUUUUGUGCCUAAAACUGCACCAACUUCACCACCUCCAUUUCAAGAUCGGAACUCUACUACUGGUGGAAAUUUGCCUUCUUCUGGUAUUCGUUGGCAUCCAUGGAAAAUAGGUGUAAUUGCAGGUGCUGGCACAAUAUGUCUACUUUUAAUAUACAUUACCUGGAGGGUUUUUCGGAAAAAGAAGAACGUCAAGAACCCUGAAUCUUCCAACAAAGCUGCAGCAGUGGCCGCAGUGUCCAAUCCUCCUGGUACGUCUUCAACGAGAAUGGUUACGACUCGUGAGAAGUCAUUUCCUAGGCCUUCAAAUACCAGAGAUUUUUCUUAUGAAGAAUUGCAGGAAGCAACCAAUGAUUUUUCUCCAGAAUGCUUCAUAGGUGCAGGGGGGUUUGGAAAAGUUUACAAAGGAGUUUUGAGGGAUGGUACAGAAGUGGCCAUAAAGAAGCUGACAAGUGGAGGUAAUCAAGGAGACAAGGAGUUUAUGGUGGAGGUAGAGAUGCUAAGCCGACUGCAUCACCGGCACUUAGUCAAACUGCUGGGGUUUUAUUGCUCACUCGAACCUCUACAGCAACUGCUAUGCUACGAGCUAAUACCGAAUGGAAGUCUUGAAUCGUGGCUGCAUGGACCUUUAAGUUUAUCGCGUGGUCCUCUGGAUUGGAAUACACGCAUGAAAAUAGCUUCGGGAGCUGCACGGGGUUUGGCCUACUUACAUGAAGAUUCUCAACCUUGUGUGAUACACCGAGAUUUCAAGGCCUCUAAUAUAUUGCUGGAGAAUAACUUCAGUCCUAAAGUUGCUGAUUUUGGACUGGCUCGCUCAGCCCCGGAAGGUCAACAGGACUAUGUGUCUACUCGCGUGAUGGGCACUUUUGGAUAUGUGGCACCUGAAUACGCCAUGACUGGACACCUACUGGUGAAAAGUGAUGUCUACAGCUUUGGAGUAGUGUUGUUAGAGUUACUCUCAGGCAGGAAGCCAGUCGAUUAUACUCGGCCUCCAGGAGAAGAAAACAUAGUCGCUUGGGCCCGACCAUUAAUUGAAAGGAGAAACAAGCUUCAUGAGUUAGCAGAUCCUCGGAUGGGAGGCAAAUACCCUUCCGAUGACUUUGCACGUGUGGCCGCUGUAGCUGGUACCUGUGUAGCUCCUGAAUCGAGCGAUAGGCCAACAAUGGGAGAAGUAGUUCAGCAACUGAAGUCGGUCAUUCGCAGUCAUGAUUAUGCAUCAGGUCGUGACACAGAAAGAGGUAUGAGCAGCGAAGGCGAGAGAGAAGGUCCUGUGGAUACUCCUACAUCUGUUGCUGCUUCAAAUAGGUCAUUUCCGAUCACACGGCAUGCACACAGGUCCACAGUUACCACGUUUGGAUCUGAUGGCUCAUCUUCCAUGUUCUCAUCGGGUCCCUUUUCGGGUCUUAUUGGAAUUGAGAACGACGCCUUGACAAGAACAACGGUGAUAUCUGAAGACCUACAAGAAGGCAGAUAAUGAAGUGGUUCAUUUUUCACUCUGCUCAGUUAGCCUGAGCUCAUGAGGAUCUUUGAAAACUGCCGUCACGGAGAUGACGCAUCUGAUGAAUUAAGAAUAACGCCAUGGUUCUGCAUUGAAACCACGGUCCGAAUCAUGGUUUAUCCUUUUCAGUUAGCUACUACCUGAAUCUUAGCUUUCAAGCAUAAGAACAAUCAUCUAACGUACCCGGAUUGCGAUAGACCUGAGUUGAAUGGAAGCUGGUCGGCACCUGCUGAAAAUGUAGAGAUUGUUCAAGACCACAAGAAGGCGUAAUUUCUGUCUUGGAAAUGGAGAUUGGCAGUGUCACGAAUGAUUGAUUCCAACAAUUUGCGGCUGAAGAUUGCCGGUUCUCUCUACCUUUAUGCCUUUACUUCUGGCAUAACAUGCUCAAGAACCGUGUUCAAACAUUUAGGUGAAUAUUAAGCUCCAAAGGGAUGGGACGGGUAUCUCGCGGCGCAACAUCGGAAAAAUUGAAUUGGUCCUUGUUCUGGCAAUACUGGGCAUGAAGGAGCAAUAAUGUGCUCUUGACCCAGGCUAUGACCCACAAGCUGUUCUGUUUGCGCUCCUGCGGGGUUCCGGCUUUCAGGAUUGGUUGAUGUAAAGUAUCCUGUAUCACUAUGUUGGUCUCCUGAGAAUUGUGUAUCUUCAAUAUCUGUACGAAGUUUUUUGAGUCAAGGGCUCGCUGAUUGGAAAUGCCAAUUUUGUUAAAUUUUUUUCAAAAUUAAGAGGUGUGAGCAGGUGUGAAUUUGCACUUGUAAUCUGACUAA